AGAAAUUUGUAAAUCCUGCGAAGAAUGUCGAUGAAUGACAGUCGGUUGUACACGGUGAACGACAUAUUUAACAGAAUGUCUAAGGAGUUCGUGACCGUCGAUGGUAACGUGAGGAAGACGGUAACGACGGUAACCCCUUAUAAAGUGGCGACCCUCAUUCUGAUUAAGGAAUAUUGUAAUGAUACCACAAAAGUGAUCAAGGACAGACGUAACUUCUGUUUAGCGUCGUUAAAAUUAAUUCAGUCGGCGGACAUGGAGCUGGCCGCCCUGCUGAAUAUGCUGUACGAGCCAUAUGAUCUGCAUCGGUUUGCGGAUCAAUUGGAAAUAAAUCUGGAUGCCAUACACGAGAAGGGGAUCGAUGAACUGUUAGAUCUGUUUGAUAAUCUUCGCCGAUUAAUGGAAUCCAAGGAGCAUGCGCUAGCUUCACCGGUGUUAAGCAGAAACUCUGUUCUCGGAUUGUACGUUCGUAGAAUGCUUAUCUUCUUUGAGAAAUUGGCGUUCGAUCAAGUGGUCGCUCUCUACAACGAUAUGGAGAAAUAUGUCGUGAAGAAAGUCAAUAUGGAAAACACCGACAUCUCUACAAUGUCUAAACCGGAAGAUAUUGGUCCGGAUAAUAAGGCGAAAACGAUUUGGGGUGGAAGACAGGCGGAGUUACUCGUGGCGCAGCAGGCGCAUGCCUUACAAACCGACGACCACAAAGCACUGUCGCCGGAGGAGUUGCAGGCUCUUGUGCAUGACCUCUUAAAGUCUAAUCCUUACAACGCGGAUGCGCAUUACCUGAGUUACCUGAAUUGCAUCCGCGUGAACGACUUCUGCGGGGCGGUAGACAGUCUCUACCACUGUUUCGAUAGACUGGCACCUCUGGAGAAUCGAUCCACUCCCGAGGAUCGAUCUCGUACCUUCCGAUAUGCGGCACUCAACUUGGCCGUUUUACACACACAGUUUAAUCACAAGGAAGUAGCACAGUACGCUUUGAAGGAAGCUAUUAAAUUGGCUCAGGAAGCUGGAGACAAUGUAUGCUUGCAGCUCGCACAUUCUUGGAUGUCCUACUUGCUCAGCAAAGAAAAUAAAGGACCUCUGAUAGAACGCUCAGUCGGCAAAGCGAGUCUGCUCGGAAUUACACAUACGACAGGCUUAAGCCUUAUUUCGCACGCGCACAGUUAUGCCUUAGAAGCCAGGAAUCCUCCUCAAGUGUUCGACAUAUUAAUGAAGUCAGACAUGCUAAAUUGUCAGCAUUCGAUGUCCGACUUGAUGUCUGUCACUUUCGCGGAGAAAUCGGCGUUAUGGGCAUACUACGGAAAAACGGAGAUGGCCUCCCUAUGCGCCCAGCUGCUACUUCUCCACAAUACGGGUGAUAAGAAGCAGCACAUGUUCAACGGACCGUCCACGUGCCAGGCGAUCGUCACCGUCGCCAAUAUGUUGAUCGAGUUUGGCGAAUAUACCCUCGCCGACGUUGUGCUGGCGCACGCCAAGGAAAGAUUUCCCAACAGUCCUUGCAACAAGAUCUGGAUGUUGAGCGAACAAUUGCACAUGUUCACGCAACUGCUGCGACAAGAGAGGUGGAGCGAGGCGGAAGCUGUAGCCAGAAAUAUCUUCAGCUUAGAUCAGUUGGAAUCCAAACUCAAAUUGGCGGAGGUUUGCCUGGCAAAGGGAGAUUUCCCGAAAGCAUCGGAGCACAUCAGCGCCAUCGAGGAGUAUCCGGACGUGACGGCGCCGUAUGUGAUACGCGCCGCACUUCUUUCUAGUCAGAUAACAUGCGCCUCGUCUUCGCCGGACAACGGAACCGCGGUCGUCACUAAUUGCAUAAUGCGCCUCUGUUCGGCCUUGGAAUUGGCUGCGCAGAAUCACUUGUCGUACUACAAGGCGCUCGUCAAGAUGCACCUCGCCAACAUACAAUUGUUAAUGGGUCUGCCUGUGUUGGCCCUGAACCUGGUGGAGGACGCUAUUCCCACGGUCUUGGGUCACGGUGGUUGUUACGAUCAAGGCAAGGCGUUCAUGCUGUACGGCAAGUGUCUGAUAGCCUCAGCGCCCGAGAGUCCUUUCGAGGCCCGGAAAGAGGUGAUCCUAAGCGGGAUAAAGACCCUGUCGAAGGCACAGGCGCUCUUCACCAAGGUCAACGCCAUCGCCAAAGUCAAGAGCGUCAUGCACCUGCGAUCUGUAUUUUACAACGAGAUCGAUCUCCUGCCCGAGAGAAAUCAGUGCGCUUUCGAGUUCCGUCAAAUGGACGAGCAAUAUUUAACGUCUCCUACCGAUCCAUUUUUGUAUUAAAAUUCGCGAGGUUUUUUUGUAUAAAAAUAUGUAAAAGGAAAGAUGAAAAGAUGAUAUGGAGUUUUUUUUGUAUGUAAAUAUUUAGUUUAAGCUGGUCGCUGGUGAUUCUGAUCGAAAUACGCUCGCUCAAAAUUUUUUUGCAUCAAUCUUUUAACGCAAAGAACACAGGAGCACAUCAAAAUGAGCGUAUUUUUAUCAAAAUAAAAAAAUGAGGGAUCUAGACUAAACUUUUACCACCGUUUACUCCACCGGCCAUCCUUUUGUA